GGCACAUUACCGAAUUACCCCUAGAUUCUCAAUGUCAAAGGCCCAUCUGGAUUUUCUCCUGGUCUGAAGCUUCAAACCCUCCGGAACACAUGUCCGAAAACCCAGCAAAAAUUGGGUCAUUACCAGAUUAUCUAUAUCUGGUACCCGAUUUCAGCUGCUCGAUCAUGGCGUACAACGGUAAAGAAGGAAGGAAGCAAGCAAUCUGCUCGAUUCGUCAGCUUUAAGGAAGCUCUGUUAUGUUAUACCUCAACAUCUUACCAAACAUUCUACAGACAUCUUCUUCUUCGACAGCUUACCGAACAUUUCGGGAACAUUUUCUUCAUUUCUUCUCCUUAAUCUGAAUCUUCAUAGCUACACUCCAUUUAGUACCUUUAUUUCGCUCAUCCAUUUCAGCAACCGUUCUCCCUCUCUCUAGUGGAGGAGGGACGAAAAUGAUGAAGUUGAACCGGAGGAGCAACAGCUUCAGAGGAGCGUUGCCGCUGGAUUCGUCGUCAGACGGGAAAUCGCCGGCCACGGUCUUGUGGCUCGUGCUUCACUGUCUCUGCUGUCUCAUUAGUCUUGUACUUGGCUUCAGAUUUUCCCGUUCCUUGUUUUUCCUCUUUUUAUCCAACUCUUCUACCAACAGUUAUAGCCUUUACUCUCUUCCGCUCCACAAUUCCGGCGGCGCUGCCUUUUCUAUAGAAGAUAGUUUGGAUCGUGGCACUUCCGCAAAUAAGACGACGGCGGGGUCGAGUAGUAGAGUGGUGGUUGGGCGGCACGGGAUCUUGAUAAGGCCCUGGCCUCACCCGAAUUCAACUGAGGUGAUGCAGGCUCAUAAGAUAAUUGAGAUCGUUCAGAAGGAGCAGAUGCUUCAAUAUGGGGUCAAAAGUCCACGAACUGUGAUUGCCAUAACUCCGACCUAUGUACGAACUUUUCAGACUAUGCAUCUUACGGGAGUGAUGCAUUCCCUAAUGAAUGUUCCGUACAAUGUGAUCUGGAUUGUUGUUGAAGCUGGAGGAACCACAAAUGAGACAUCCUCCCUGCUAGCCAAGUCAGGACUCCGGAUUAUCCACAUAGGAUUCCGUGACAAAAUUCCUAUACUAUGGAAAGACCGCCACAACUUGGAGUCCAAAAUGCGAGUUCACGCGUUGAGGCAUGUGAGAGCCGAAAAACUAGAUGGCAUAGUGAUGUUUGCUGAUGAUAGUAAUAUGCACAGUCUGGAGUUUUUUGAAGAGAUCCAAAAGGUGAAAUGGGUUGGUGCAAUAUCUGUUGGCAUUCUUGCUCAUUCAGGAGGUUUUGAAGAAGAGUUGCCAUCAGCUGUUCAAAAAAACAAUCAAAAGCAUUUCCAACUGCCAGUUCAAGGUCCAGUUUGCAAUGCUUCAGACCAUCUGAUUGGUUGGAACACCUUUGACACAUCCCCUUUUAUAGGGAAGAGUGCAAGGUACAUUGGAGAUAGGGCAGUAGUGUUACCCAGGAAGUUCGAAUGGUCUAGCUUUGUGUUGAAUUCAAGAUUAGUUUGGAAAGAUGCUGAAGAAAAGCCUGAAUGGGUUAAGGAUUUGGAUGGAGUAGUAGAUGCUGGAGGAGGUAUUGACAACCCGCUAUCUUUGUUAAAGGAUUCUUCAGUGGUGGAACCUCUAGGAAAUUGUGGACGUAAGGUUAUGCUCUGGUGGCUCCGUGUUGAGGCAAGGGCUGACAGCAAAUUCCCUGCCAGAUGGAUUAUCGACCCUCCUUUAGAUGUUACAGUCCCAGCAAAGCGCACACCAUGGCCAGAUGCCCCUCCUGAACUUCCCACUGCUGAAAAGUUAACCAACAUCCAAGAGAACACGGAAAAACGACGCACUUCAAAACCUCGAUCUAGAAAACGCAGUUCCAGGAAAAGAAGGCAUGCGACAAGGAACAUUGAUAUACAACAAGCCUCCUCAACCCGAAAUUCUGUGGAGGCUUAGCAGUUAAGUUCUCUCGGAGGGUUAUCUCUCCGGUUGUGAAUACUCGAGCCCACAUGCCUUCAACUUCAAGACUACAUUACUAGAUGAAGGCGUCUUGUUACUAUAUAGACUUUUCAAGUUGAUUUCAUUCUUUUGUUUUCGGUCCUUUUCAUUUUCUUUUCGCUGUAGUCAUUUGAGUGGCUAAAGUCGAUCCCUAAAAUGGAGCUUAUAUGUCUGGUCCUGCAAAAUUACUGCUCAGCUCAAAUAUAUCCAUUUCCCCACUAUACAGAACAUUCCUCGAGCUUGAGCUCGAUACAUCUGUGCUUAGCUUUGGCCCUUUGGGUAUUAUAUAUAUUGUGAAUAUAAGUUUUUGGACUCGCC